AUGGCAAGAGGAAAAGCAACCAGAAAAGCACCUUUGAGAUCUGUUAAACAGAAAAGAAAGCCUCCUACUAAAUCUCGAAGAAAGCCUGUCCGAAAGAAACACAUGACAAAGAAGAAUGUACCUCAAAUUUCUUACAAGGAUUCUCAUUCCAUUGGCAGAAGGAAAUCCACGAACGUCCCCACAUAUAGUGAAAGUGGACGGCUUUACUACGAUUUGCAUGUCCGAUAUGGUCCUAGUGUCACCUUCGAAAAUAAAGAAGAAAAACCGCCUAAGGAUGCUAAUCACUGUUGUGGCUUCGAGUCGACUAUUUCGGAUUCCACUACAAUUGCAUGCAAAGAAAGCACAGGACCCUCUUCUAGUACCAAGAAGGUAAAUGUAAAGUGGAAGAAGAAGCGACGGUUAGCCCAAAAGCGUCAGUCUCCUGUUAAAUCAACUGCACCUUUGAAUUCUCGUCGAGAGGCAAGUCUUAACGCAGAGGCAAAGGUUAAUAUGCUUUUUGAGUCCGUUAAGGAAAGUAAAAAUAAGCGAAGGUCAUUGCCUGCACUUCCUACUACCAUUACUAAAGAUGGGGUGUCUUCAGAAUCCGGCGUUAAAUUGAGCCCUGUGAAACUGUCUCCUAGUAAACGUACUACAAAGGCUAGAAGGACGCGAGUUUCUGAACCACCUCCUCUUCCCGUACUGUCUCCUCCACAAAAACGUCUUGCUGGUUUAAAUGCGACUGCUAUCAUCAGUGCCUGUAUCAAAUCUUCUGAAUCGGAUAACAAGAAACCGCGUAGGGGGAGGCCUCCUAAAUCUUCCUUAAAGUCUCUAACCCCUAAAUUCGUAGAUGCUAACUCCUCGGCAAAUGAAAAUGUACAAACAAAUCCGACAAAGCCUUCUUCACCUCUUCCUCCAUUUCCUGUCACGACUACUAUUAUCGCCAGUAGUACGACUCAGUUUCAGAAACCCACUCCCUGUUCCUCUAAUGCAAUUACCACCUUAGCAACUGUAUCGGCAGAUACUAAAGUCGUUCCAGCUUCUGCUGUGUCAACAUUAGAACGAUUCCAGUCACAAAAAGUGAUCUCUUAUGGUUCUAAGUGUAUAGGAGUUGAGAAUAUCUCUCGUCAAAUCAUACAUGUUCCUGGCCAGAGCCCUUGUGUUCCAUGUACAUCUUGUUCAAAUCCUGUGUCACAACAGCUUCAACAACAACGAAUAGUUCCUAAUUCCAUCUUACCAUUCUCCUCAUCUUCUCAGAAUCAUUCCAUGGUCAUGCUCCCAGAUUCUUCCUCUUUUUGCCCUCACCCCCCUAAUCUAAUCACAUCUGCUGCAGAUAUGCAGCACCAUCCAUGCUUCACGACGAAUCAGUUUUACUUAAGUCCUUUCAGUAGUACCAAUGGACAGCAUCAACAGCAGCAGACCUUUUACAUGUCAAUACCCUCACCCGCUCCACAGUUUCAGUUCUUCUCUGCUGCUCCUUUUGCUUACGUGCAGCCGUCAGCACAAAACUUCAUGUCCAAUAACAGCUACAUGUUGCCCAUGUCUUUUUCUCCCCAACUCUACAAUGGAUUUCCCUUUGGUGGUGGCUGCUUCGUUCCACGUCCAAUGUUUGCUGCUGUUCCUCAGCCACCUCAUCAGUUACCAUCUCAAUUGGCACCCUUACCUCAAACGUCUCUUUUAACUGAAGUAGGAAGCCCUCCUACCGUUAAUCAAAUUUCGCAACGAAUUGAUCGAGCAGUUUCUCCAAUAAAAUCUUCUCCCUCAACUUCUACUCCUGUUAAAAAGCCAUUGAGUGGCAAGCGGAAUCCUGCUGCAGUAUCAAUGAUAACGACUGUGCCAGUCGUAGAAAAGGAGAAACCCUCACCCUGUUUAUGGGCGUGGGUUGGAGAGCCGAGUGAAAAGCGAAUCUUCUUGAAAGUGAGUGGCACAAGUAUUUUGUUUUCCUGUUGCAAUUUAUCCUGCGAUUUGCUUUAUGUUUUGUGCUUUUAUCAUAAAGGGGUUUAA